AUGUUUGUCAAACACUCUUUGGAUAGGAAGAUAGCUUUGUUUAUUGUCUAUGUUGAUGAUAUCGUAAUUACGGGAGAUGAUGAUGCACAAGUCAACCAGUUAAAGCAACUUCUAGCAAAAGAAUUUGAAGCCAAAGUCUUGGGACAACUCAAGUAUUUUCUAGGGAUGGAAAUUGCACGAACAAAGAAUGGUAUUUCAAUUUCUCAAAGGAAGUACACUCUAGAUUUACUUCAAGAAACAGGUAUGCUUGGAUGCAAAGCUGUCAAUACUCCCAUAGAACAAGUAAAAAGGAGUGAAGACGAGGAUGUACCAUCUAAUAAAGAUAGAUAUCAAAGUCUAGUCAGAAAACUAAUCUAUCUAACUCACACAAGAUCAGACAUUGGUUUUGUCGUAAGCAUGGCUAGUCGUUAUAUGUCAAAUCCAACUGAAAAUGACAUGAGAAAUGUGAACAGAAUUCUCCAAUACCUGAAAGGUACGCCAGGCCGAGGACUUUAUUUUCAAAAGAACUCAAAUAGAGGUAUUGAAGUCUACACCGAUUAUGAUUGGGCAGGAUGUUUAUCUGACAGGAAAUCGACUACAGGCUACUGCACAUUUGUAUGGGGUAAUAUGGUAACUUGGAGAAGCAAGAAACAAUCUGUUGUGGCUAGGAGUAGUGCAGAAGCAGAAUUCAGAGCUAUGUCACAAGGUAUUUGUGAAGGAAUUUGGCUUAAGCGAAUGCUAGAUGAGAUUAAAAUUCCUACCAAUCACCCCAUGAAGAUAUUAUGUGAUAACAAGGCUGCUAUUAGCAUUGCUAAGAACCCGGUACAACAUGAUAUAACAAAGCAUGUGGAGAUAGACUGA